ACCUGGGGGCUCUCCGGACCCUUAAAUAGGACCUUCCAAGACUUGAUGAGUGCCGCUCCCUUCGCGGGGGUUGGGAAGCUGGGGUCCAGGAUCCGCCGGUCAUACCUGCCUCCCCGCGCGCUCGCUUGGAUCUUGGCCCUGGACCCUUCGGCGGGAUCUGUUUGGAAGAGUCGGGAGGCCCGCGUGUCGCUCCGCAGUUUGGACCUCAGUUUCCCCACUCGUAGGACUAGGCAGCGGGACGAUUCCUGAACGCACUGGUCCUUGCUUCCCCGGCAGGUGGAAAGGAACCCGCGCCGCGGCCUGAAAGUGGAACGCCAGUGACUGAGGCUUCGGGCCGGGGCCGCCAGUCGGACCGGGCGGGAGAGAUUCCGAAGAGAGCGCCAAGAGGCUCAGCGCUUGGAAUUCUCGCUUCUCUGAGCCCCGCUGCCCCCUCGCCGCCACCGCCGCAGCCUCCUCGGGCCUCGGCGCGAGUGAGGCUGCUUCUUAGCCCCGCACCCCAGGAGGCGCGCUGGCAGGGAAGCCACCACCGCGCCGCCUCUGCCUCUGCGCAGAACAAACGGUUAAAGAUUUUGGGCAGCGCCUCGCGGGGGGAGGAGCCAGGGGCCCAAUCCGCAAUUAAAGAUGAACUUUGGGUGAACUAAUUUGUCUGACCAAGGUAACGUGGGCAGCAACCUGGGCUGCCUAUAAAGCGGCGCGCGGCGGGGCUCGCAGCGCUGGCGGCGGCGGCAGGUGGCGCGGGAGGUCGCGGCGCGCCAUGGGGCUCCCCGCGCUGCUGGCCAGCGCGCUCUGCACCUUCGUGCUACCGCUGCUGCUCUUCCUGGCCGCGAUCAAGCUCUGGGACCUGUACUGCGUGAGCAGCCGCGACCGCAGCUGUGCCCUCCCCUUGCCCCCUGGGACUAUGGGCUUCCCGUUCUUUGGGGAAACACUGCAGAUGGUGCUGCAGCGGAGGAAGUUCCUGCAGAUGAAGCGCAGGAAAUACGGCUUCAUCUACAAGACACAUCUGUUCGGGCGGCCCACGGUGCGCGUGAUGGGCGCGGACAACGUGCGGCGCAUCUUGCUCGGGGAGCACCGGCUGGUGUCUGUGCACUGGCCUGCGUCCGUGCGCACCAUCCUGGGCUCCGGCUGCCUCUCCAACCUGCACGACUCCUCGCACAAGCAGCGCAAGAAGGUGAUCAUGCGGGCCUUCAGUCGCGAGGCGCUCCAGUGCUACGUGCCGGUGAUCGCCGAGGAAGUGGGCAGCUGCCUGGGGCGGUGGCUCAAUUGCGGCGAGCGCGGCCUUCUGGUCUACCCCGAGGUGAAGCGCCUCAUGUUCCGCAUCGCUAUGCGCAUUCUGCUGGGCUGCGAGCCCCGGUUGGCGGCCGACGGGGACGAUGAGCAGCAGCUGGUGGAGGCCUUCGAGGAGAUGACCCGCAAUCUCUUCUCGCUGCCCAUCGACGUGCCCUUCAGCGGGCUGUACCGGGGAGUGAAGGCGCGGAACCUCAUUCACGCGCGCAUCGAGGAGAACAUUCGCGCCAAGAUCUGCCGCCUGCGGGCCGCCGAGGCGGACGGCGGCUGCAAAGAUGCGCUGCAGCUGCUCAUCGAGCACUCGUGGGAGCGGGGAGAGCGGCUGGACAUGCAGGCGCUAAAGCAGUCUUCAACCGAACUCCUUUUUGGAGGCCACGAAACCACGGCCAGUGCGGCCACGUCUCUGAUCACUUACCUGGGCCUCUACCCCCACGCUCUCCAGAAAGUGCGAGAGGAGCUGAAGAGUAAGGGCUUACUCUGCAAGAGCGGUCCGGACAACAAGCUGGACGUGGACAUUUUGGCACAACUGAAAUACACUGGGUGUGUCAUUAAGGAGACCCUUCGGCUGAACCCCCCAGUUCCGGGAGGGUUCCGGGUGGCUCUGAAGACCUUUGAACUCAAUGGAUACCAGAUUCCCAAGGGCUGGAAUGUUAUCUACAGUAUCUGCGAUACUCACGAUGUGGCCGAGGUCUUCACCAACAAGGAGGAGUUCAACCCCGACCGAUUCCUGCGGCCGCACCCCGAGGAUGCGUCCAGGUUCAGCUUCAUUCCUUUUGGAGGAGGCCUUAGGAGCUGUGUGGGCAAGGAGUUUGCAAAAAUCCUUCUGAAAAUAUUUACAGUGGAGCUGGCCAGGCACUGUGACUGGCAGCUCCUAAAUGGACCUCCUACGAUGAAAACCAGCCCCACCGUGUACCCUGUGGACAAUCUCCCUGCCAGGUUCACUCACUUCCAGGGAGGACCCUAGCGGGCAGGAAUCCUCAAACCCCGGACUGAUGCCAAGUGUACAUGAGUUUUUAUAUAGUGUCGGGUGGACUUUAUUAUAUUUAAUUUCUAAAUGUAUAUUAUAAUAUUUAUGUGUCUCUACCACAGUACCAUGGUCUUUAAAAUAUUAAAAUAAUGAAUUUGUAUAAUUUCCAAAUAAAGUAAAAUUAGAAGGUA